AUGCUGCAUCUGCUGGCGCUGGCGCUGCCCUUCCUGGUGAGCCUGGCACUUCCUGCCCCAGCCCCAGACCAGGCCCUGCAGCGAGCAGGCAUCGUAGGGGGACGGGAGGGCCCUGGGAGCAAGUGGCCCUGGCAGGUGAGCCUGAGAUUCAGCACCCAGUACUGGAAACACAUCUGCGGGGGCUCCCUGAUCCACCCCUGGUGGGUGCUGACUGCGGCCCACUGCGUCGGACCGAAAGUCCAAGACCCCACAGUCCUCAGGGUGCAGCUGCGGGAGCAGCACCUCUAUUACCAGGAUGAGCUGUUGCCCGUCAGCAGGGUCAUCCCCCACCCCAACUACUAUAUAGCUGAGAACGGGGCAGACAUCGCCCUGCUGGAGCUUGGGGACCCCGUGAACAUCUCCAGCCACGUCCAUCCGGUCACCCUGCCCCCUGCCUCGGAGACCUUUCGCCCGGGGACUAGGUGCUGGGUGACAGGCUGGGGCAACUUGAACAGUGGAGAACCCCUGCCACCGCCAUUCCCCCUGGAGCAGGUGAAGGUCCCCAUCGUGGAAAACAGCAUGUGACAUAAAUACCACACUGGCCUGUACACAGGGGACAACAUCCCGAUCGUCCGGGACGACAUGCUCUGUGCCGGGAAUAGCAAGAGGGACUCCUGCCAGGGUGACUCCGGAGGGCCCCUGGUCUGCAAGGUGAAUGGCACCUGGCUGCAGGCGGGUGUGGUCAGCUGGGGCAAUGACUGUGCUCAGCCCAACCGGCCAGGCAUCUACACCCGCAUCACCCGCGACUUGGACUGGAUCCACCAGUACGUCCCCGAGGAGCCCUGA